CACUGAUUCAACCAUAUAAUACAGUCUGGAUUCAACCAGCAUCUCCAUUCAAAUCCUGAUUGACGUCAUUCCUCAUCCGUGGGGAUCCAGAAGUAUUCCAGAUUCGUCAAGAUGCAGUGAAGGAUUUGGGUGUCUUCAUUCCGCCCAUGACCCAGGGAAUGAGAAUGGACUUCUUUCUGGAUGGCCCUUUCAUGCCACCCAGGAUGAAACUGGACAGAGAAACUCUUGGGGGAUUGGCUGACAUGUUCGGACAAAUGCCAGGCAGUGGCAUAGGGACUGGUCCCGGAGUCAUUCAGGACCGCUUCUCGCCCACAAUGGGCCGCCAUCGCUCCAACCCGCUCUUCAAUGGACACGGUGGACACAUGGCUCCUCCGCCACAGUCUCAGUUUGACUUGGGCGUCAAACCGUUCAUGAAAACCAACCAGGGACAGAAUCAGCAUUUCCACAAUCAGAACCAGAGCCAUCCAUCCCAGCAGCAGGCCCAGUCAAAGGACAUGCCUCCAAGGUUUAUCAAGAAAGGACAGCUUAAUGCAGAUGAGGUACGAGCGGGUGGAUUCGCUACACAGCAGCCUCAUGCAGUGUGCCCGAUCAGUCUGAGACCAGCACACUCCUUCCCCGUUAACAAAAAUCAAGUGCCAAAGCUGCAGCCUCAGAUCUCCACCAUGAUUCCUCUAAGUGCGCAGCCACCCCGCACCCAGACCCCUCCUCUUGGACAGGUUUGUAUUGUAUUGUAUUGUAUUGUAUUGUAUUGUAUUGUAUUUGUAACUUGUACAGGCCUUAUUGGGACUGCUACACAUGUUUAUCCACCUGUGCCUGCUGUGCUACAAACCUCAUUUGAUCUCCUGAUUUGUUACCUGAAUGUGUAACUGAGCUAGCCGGAUUACUGAUCGAAUCAAGAGGAUGAUGAGCCUGGCUGCUCUCCAUCAAGCCUGUCAGUUACAAAAGAAUCUCUUUAAGUCAGUGGUCCCCAAACUACGGCCCGCGGACCGGAUACAGCCCGCCACCUCAUUUUGGGUGGCCCCCCAAAACAU